AUGGACCCCCACUCAUGGCCCGGCCACCAUGCCCCUAGAGGGCGCCGGCGGAUUGGCACCCUCAGCUCCACCCACUGCAAUGGGCACCGCUUGGGGGCAGCAACCCCAUCAAUGGAUUCUCACAGUAGCGGCCCCGUGGGCUGGAAUGAACGCAAUGACGUGGAAUACUGGCUUCCCGAUAAUCUGAAUUCGCAAAUUCCCGUCUUCGAAUAUCCUGGAAGCAACGUCUAUCUCAAACCAUCUCUCCCAUCUAUCAUCCAGCCUGUGCCAGAUGCAGCCAUUGGAUUACCACAGGAGGCUCAGCCAAUGCAAUAUUCGCCCUCUCCCAAUGUGAGCUCCAUGCACUCGGACAAUCAAGACUCCGAAGCCUCCUGGCCGUCGACCAUCAACGAAGCCAAUAUGAUCCCCUGGAUCGAUGUGUACUUUGAUCGCUUACAUCCAACCAUCCCCGUUCUGAGUCGAUCAUCUUUGUACACGUCGAUGCUGACCCAAGAGCACCGCAAGAAUCCCCAGUUCGGUGCGAUGCUGCUUUCUCUGUGCGCAUUUUCACUAACUCAGCCAAUCGAGAUCGAUGAGCGGCCGACCACCUCUUCGCGGGCCCUUCAAGCCCGCGCCAUGAUGAACGAGGCCACGAAGAUGCGGAGCUGUUCCGACUUUGGCGAGAACCCCACUAUUGAAGCCGUUUUAACCAGUUUCUUCCUCUUCGGAUGUUUGUUUGGGAGUAAUCAGCAUAAUGCAGCCUGGCUUCGAAUGCGGGAAGCCCUAGAUCUCGCUGCCACUCUCGGCCUCAAUGACCCGGAGUCAUAUCACGAUUUGCCGGGAGAGGAGAAGGGCCAGCGGUUGCGCACAUAUCUCGUUCUUUCCAUCACAGAGAGCGCCACGCACAGCGUCGUAUCGGGGAUCAUUGUACAUAAUGAAAAAGAUGCUGAAGGUAUGAUGGGACUCGCGCGAAUGAUGGAGCUCUUCGACGCCAUCGAUGAAGAUGUCAUCGACUGCUGGAACCGUCGAUGCGACAGCAGUAAUGGGUACUGCCAGCGACUCACGGAGGCCAAGGCACUCUCUAUUCAUCAGAAUCUCAGUCGAAUCAACCAAGCCGAACGAUAUCGCGGCUACGACUGGUUUGAGCGCGCUAAAGGCGGCCGGGGCGAAAGCAGUAAUGUUAUUCUGCCCAUGGGGUUGCGAGAAACGCAAGCUGCGGAUGUCUUCAUCACGCAGAAAUGGUUGCAAAAUCGGGUCUGGCUUCUGUCAUCCACACACAAUCUGCUAUCUGCUCAUUCCGAACGGCCAGAAUUGACGUUUGGCUAUGCUGUGAGCAUUGCCGAGUCGACACUGCAGCUUUGCCAGUCAUUACGACUGAGCUCUAUGGAAGCACAUGGAAUUGGCCUGACCGAAAAACUGUACGAUAUCGCCAUCUGCGCAACAAACAUUCUCUGCAACACUAGCCCACCCCUUGGCGGCACUCUGAACAUGCCCGUCAACUACAACGAAACAAUUCCCCCCGGCACAACCUCCACACCCCACAGUCUUGCCGAAGACUUUUUGUUACUGAUGACGAGUUUCCGAGGCGGGAAUCACCCUUACUUGGAAAAGUAUCAGGCUCAUCUUCGCUCGCUGCAAAUCAUGGAAACUCCUAAACCGGAGUGGACGCAGCGAUGA